GCUUUUGCCAGACUCUGGUAGUUCACCGUUUAGUGUUAUAAAAGCCGAGAUCUUUGGCGCUGAUCAUCAAGUUUGUUAGGUGACUUCAUAUAGUUCGGACAAGCAGCAACAUGAAGGUCUUCGUUGUACUGAGCAUUAUCCUGGCCGUGGCCGUGGCAGCACCACAGUUUGGCGGCGGUAAUGCUAAUGCCAAUGCUGGAGCCGAUGCCCAGUCUCAGGGUGGAUUUGGUGGAGAAGGCGGCUUUGGCGGACAAGGCGGCUUCGGAGGCAAACCUGGUCAUCAUGGUCAUCAAGGACACCGUGGUGAAGGUGGUCCCGGUGGCUUCGGCGGUCCCGGUGGUCCCGGCGGUCCUGGCGGUCCCGGCGGCUUCGGUGGUCAAGGCGGUUUCGGUGGACCCGGCGGUUUCGGAGGCGGCAACUCCAACGCCAAUGCGGAUUCCAGUGCCGUUGCCAAUGGCGGCGGUUUCGGCGGUUUCGGUGGUGCAAAUGCCAAUGCUGAUUCCAGUGCCGUUGCCAAUGGCGGUGGUUUCGGCGGCGCCAACGCAAAAGCCUCUUCCAGCGCCAAUGCCUCAGCCAAUGGCGGUGGUCUAGCCAGUGCCACAUCCAGUGCAUCCGCAACUGCCAACGCUGGAAAAUAGGCGAAUCGAUAUCCGACAAACCAUACCGAACUGAAAAGAAUUG